AUGAAACUCCUAACCCUCAACUUCCUCACAUGCGCCAUAAAAACAUGCAAAACGAACCCCGCAUCCUUCCCCCUCCACCCACGGGAUGCCGAGCUCGAAAUCCAAGAAGCAGACCUGAACCUGACGUUUCUGAAGAACAUAUUGCCGCGGUUAAUGUGGGAGGAGUUGCGGGUGAUAAGCAGCGAGCUUGGCCUACCUGAACUACCUGCGACACCGCCAGCGCCCGCCGACCUUGUCGAGCCAUCAAAUACCCCUCUCGAUACCGCGGAGGUAACGCUAGCGGAGGGAGGCGCUGAAGCACAGGAAGUCGAGGAGACACCGAGUCAAACAGCGAAGGACCUGCAUAGAAUAUUGCUGGAGACGUGCAUACAAGAGGGCAAGCUAGUAUGUGGAAGCUGUGGACACGAGUAUGCGGUAAAAGAGGGCGUUGCGAACUUUUUGCUGCCGGGACAUUUGGUCUGA